UUUUCUGCUUUCUGUCGGCUGCAAGAGCAGCGUCUGUUUCGUCUACAUCCACCGUCUCUCGUUUGCGCUUCGUUUGCUUUUCAAGCGCAUCCGGUCCCUCGUCUUUUGAACCGUCAGGGGGUCAGCCAUGGGGAGGAGAAGGUAGUAAGACGCGGGAACGAUCACGGGACUUUGACAGCUUACGCGCGGUUCGGACUGCUAUCUAAUUUUGUCGCGACUGGGGUGAAGAAUGGUAUUGCAUAUGUAUGAGAGCUAUCGUUCUUGGGUAGUAUUCUGAAGAUAUCUACACCGGAGACUUGCACCCGAAUGAAGUGGCCGCUCCCGACAGCGCAAAGGUCGUU